UGGACACAUGGAAAGAGGGGGUUCUGGGUUACUGGCAACACUGGUGGCCUCUAACUGCCACAGAACAUGGAAAGAGAGGGUUCUGGGUAAUGGUAGCUUUGUGGAGUUCUACCAGUCCUGUCCCAGUGGUGCCCUCCCAGCUCAGGAGGGACGAGUGUCAGCCUCCUCAACCUCAGAAUAAGCACAACCCUAUACUGGGGGCUUCUGUGGUCUUUGCAGGGCUGAGGAAAGAGGGAAGAACUGUGGCAAAUGUGCCAUGACCUAGCUCUGCCACCACCUUCUGUCAGCUGCUCGAUAAAUCCCAGCCUUCUGCAGGGCUCUCUACCUGUAACCUGUCCGCUUCCUCCAAUACACCUCUGUUUUGAACCAAUGUUUUAUUAUUAUUAUUGUUGUUGUUGUUGUUGUUGUUUUAUUUGGAAAUAAGUGCAACGAGAAAAAGGAGGAGAGAGAUUUUUCUAACCUCUGGUUUACUCCUCAAAUGGCUGCAACAGCUACGUCUCAGCCAGGCAUUCUAUACUCUUACAUGGGUGGCAGGGACUCAAGAACGUGGGUCAUCCUCUGCUACCUUCCCAGUCACAUUAGCUGGGAGCUGAACUGGAAGAGGAGCAGCCAGGAUUCAAACCAUCCCUCCAGUAUGGGAUGCCCAUUUCCCAAGCAGCAGCUUAAUCUGCUAUGCCAUUGCUACCCCUUGUAACAACUUUCAAAGCCUUGGCAUUUUGAAUUUCAGUUAGUGCAGUGAGUUUCCCCCCCACACCUCACCCAGCUCCCUGAGUUCAGUCUGUGCCCGCCCCUGCAGUAAGCAGGACUCCCAAGGCUACAAACUUCUGACACAGGACAGGUCUCAGCCCUGCUGAUCCAUUCUGUGUCCUCCCACUCUGCUCCUGUCUUGUUCCUCUGUGGUGCUGUCAGCACUGGUCACCAGAGAGUUUUCCCGGGAUGACAGAGAAGGGAGCAGAUGGCCGAGCAUGGCCUUCUUUGUGUCCUGUGUCGGCCCCACCUAGUCUGUCUGUGGGAGGAACAGGGCCCCUGCCCUGGGUGCAGGUGAGGGGUUGAGAGACGAAACACUGUGAUUUCAGCACCGAUACUGGACACACAUGCAGGUAAUACUGAAGCCAAUGCUGACAACAAGGGCUUGGCAAGUGUGGGGGAGGGGCAGGAGCACCCGGGAGAGCUGGGUGCUGGGGAGACCACCAGGGAAUGCUAGGUAUCCCUGUCACCAGUAGCAGCUCAGGCUCCUCUAAUGCCAUGCUCCUCCAGAUCACCUCUGGCCCCUGCAGAAGUGUGAAGGGCCUGGUGGGUUUCGUCCAGCUUUGUGGGCUUGCUCCUGCUGCAUUCCAGCAGCCUCUGCUCUUCCCAACAAAGCAGAGCCUGAACUUCACUCCCCUGUGGAGUGAGCAUGUGUGUGUGUGUGUGUGUGUGUGUGUGUGUAAGCAUAUAUGUAUGUCCUAGCUGUGUGGGUUCUGCUCCAGCAUGAGCAUACAAGUCCUUUCACUGUCACCAGUGGCAUGAGUCUGGCAUCAGAGUUGCUGUGGGAAACCAUGAGGGAAAUGGCACAAAGCCAAUAGAAUAAGGAAGCCGGUAUAAAGCCAGAAAUAUAAAUAUUAAUAUAAAUAAAAUGAGGACUGUAAAUGGUGAGUUGAAGCAGUAUAGAUUAAAAAAAAAAAAAAGAUGGGAUAUCUGGUUACAGUUAUUCUUGAAUCAAGCAUAAAACCAAGAGUGUAACUUGGUAAAUGUAUACAUAUAUCCAAAAGAAAAUGUAACACACAAAAUAAAAAUUAAAAAACAGAAUGGUGGCUAGUAUGGGAAAACAGGUUCCUAGCAACAGAACCAGUUUUAUUCAGUGUUUGGCAGCCAAAACCAGCCAGUGAACAGUUGUCUAGCAUUUAUCUUUUUUUAAAGAAGUACCUCAGGCAAAUCCAUUUUUAAUAACUGAGUUCCCUUUGUACUAAAAAGGCUUAAAUUUACUAUUCCCUCAUCAAUAUAUCAUAAGUGGAGGUGUUCUCUACCUUUUUGAGAUUAAAAUAUCAGAUGGAAACUUUUUUCUGUAUUAAGGUACGUGAUGGCAAAAGUUUUUGAUGAAAGAGAAAUAAGAAGGCAAUUGAAAAACUGGGAAUCCAUAAAGGAAAUGGAAUAAAGCUGAAAGGAUAAGGAGCCAGCACAAAGCCAAAACCAUAGGUAAAAUGAGGACUCUCAAUGGGAACUUCCCAACACAGAUGUCCAGGAGCAAAGCUAUUUAAAAUCACCUGCUUGAGAACAGGAACUGAGGCUUUGUACAGCAAUGGAGAGCACUUCAAUCAAGUAGGGGCUCUAAGGGAAAGAAACAUGUUGUGAAAGUGUCCAAGGGACUCCAUCCCAGGAUACCUGCUGUUCUCUCCAAGAGGCCCUCGCCAUGGGUUUCAAAGGAGGUGAGAAUUAUCUGCCAGGACUCAGCAGGAGAAUCCAGUGCCUAAGACAUCACCCCAAGGGAAUGCUAGAGAAGAUGGGCUACUGCUAUUCCCCUGCGUGAUGAAGCCAGCACAGCACUGGGGACGUCAUCCAGGAAAGCCAGGGCUGCAAAAGGAGGACGCACAGAGCAUGGGAGCCAUUUUUAGGCAUUUGUGAAAAUAUUGAAUUCACAGGGCAAGAUGGCGGUAUAGCAGCAGGAGGUACCGAGUUGUGCAGCGAAAAUGGAUGAUUAAUGAGUAGAAGGGAUACAAACAGCUGGCAGAAUCAUGAAAAAAUUAUGUCCCGAAGUCCUCCAGAGGCUGCUCAGGUCCACUCCAGCAGAAGCAGAGAGAGGACUGAAGGAUAGAGAAUGAGCAGCACAGGAAUGCAGUGAGGAGACAGGUGCCUCUUCCUCAGCAAACCAGGCGCAGCCACGGGGAUGACACUGAAGAUGAGAGCAGCAAGUUCACUGACAAUGUUGAGGAAGAGGCCGCACGUGGAAGAGCCAGCAGCAGUGACAUUGGUGCCAGGUUCUGCCAUUCCCUUCUGAGAUCUGGUGCGUCUGGCAGCUGAUGGGGACCUGGAAUGACAAAGCACCUGUGAAGUCACUGGGCAUACUCUGUGACCCCGACAGACAACAGUUCUUGCUCUCAUGAAGGCUGCCUCCUAUCACAUGAGCGAAACUUGAACAAAUAAUAAGAGCAUCUCGCUGAACCUUUGGCCUGAGAAUGCAGAACAAAAAGAGCAUAAUAGGAGAUGCAGUGCCUGGUGGGUGGGAGAUCCAAGAAGACAAAGAGAAGAAUGAGGUGACAGUAGAUCCUGGGGUCACAAAAGUGGGUCUGAAUGAGUGUACCUUCAGGCUGAGUUCGGGAAGGUCCAGAGAAAAGCAAAGAAUGUGCACAGCAUCAUCACCCUCCCUAAAUAGCAACUGGUACUGAGCAGCAAGGAAUGAGAUAGUGCCCUUAUCCAGAACUCCUUGAGUAUCUGAACAAGGAGAUCGACAGAAGGAAUGCAGCCCUGCUUUGUUCUCCCAAGGAAGACCUAUGCCAAGAAGAGGGGAUGUGCACAGGAGGCCUUACUCCAGACCCCAGAGCCUUGACCCUGGAACUGCCCUUCCAGCGAUGCCCAUCAGAUACAACAUUGUGGCCGUGAAGCUUUACACGUACGUAUAUGAUUAUUGGGUCUAAGAAGCUGAAGAGUCUGAGAAGAACAUCAUGGCAGUUUAUAAUUCAACAUCUCUCAGUGGUGGAAAAGCCUUGUGGUCUCUUUUGACAUAAAGAAAAGUUGGAGUGACUUUAUGACAACCCUUAAAGUAAAAAUUGUUAGGAAAUGAGUCCUGCCUUAAUCUUUUAGAACAGAGGAAUGAGAAAUAUGCUUAGACACUUUUGGGAAAAGUCCCUGGAUAUACUCAUUUUGCUACAAGCAUCGAUAUGGCACUGACUCUCGGUCCCUCACUUGACGUGAGGGUAGAAACCAGUGAGCAAUUAAGCUCUCAACUGGCAAAGAGCCAACGAGAAUCAAAAGAACUGAAGGAGAAGCUUCUUAGAGCUGAGGCUAAGGCCUACCUCCUGGCAAAGCACCUGCAGGACCACAAUUGUGAAGAGUAUGAAGAUCUCAUUGAAUCAAUGCUGAGGGAGAAGCCGCACUUCCUGGAGGGGCAGCUGGCAGAGGAGCUGCUACCUGCGGAGAAUCUCAAGAAAUGUGGUGUUCAAAUUCAAGAGCAGGCCCAAGAGCUGACCCAAUUACAGCAGAAGUUACAGGAAGGGAGAGCUCUUUCUCAGCUCAUUCAUCAAAAUCUCCAGGCCCUCCUCACCCUGCAGGACCCUGACAGCUGCCAGAGCCGGCAACUACUCACUGAGCUGCUCAAGCUGACAGAGCACCUUGUUGCCAAACUCAGCACAGUCAACCAGACAUCUGGGAACCAGGAGGAGCCUUAUGUGGACUCUCCCCAUACCAGCAGGCCAAGUCUCAGGCUGGCCCAGCUGGAGCUUCUCAAUGGCCUGCCUAAACCCAGAGUGGGACCCUGGUGGCCCUGUCCUAUGGACAACAUUGUGGAGGUGGCUUACGAUGAGAUCUGUGCCAGUGUCUGGAACCUCCAGCAAGAAGAAUGCUUCUUCAGGGAAGCCGGCCUUGGCAUCGGCCCGACGGCUCUGGAUCAGGAGCGGCCUUCCCUAGGUCCUGCCCUGCCCAGCGGGCCCGAACUCGAGCUGCCCUGGCUGGGGCAGUUCCCUGUCCCAUGUGCAGCCAUCGCGGGACCCCGUUGGCCGUGUCCUGCGGCCGGGCACGUGGCCGUGGCGUACCUCCAGGUCUGUGACAGCGCCUGGGGCCUCCGGCGGGAGGAAUGCCACAUCUUCCAGACCAUAGACAUGUUCGUGUACCAGAUGUAUGAAGAGAAGGUAGCAGGUUAUCUUGGUCCUAACAAACCCAAGGUCUGUCUGAAGCUGCCCAAACCAGAACAGCCUGAGUUCCUGCUCAGCCCAGUGGCGUGUCCAUAUCCAUCUUUAACCAUGCCAUCACUUGUGGAUUGCACCUGCCGCACUGCUGGCAGUGACUGGGGUCGUGUGCAGGUGCCACACUUCUGCCUGUUUGUUUCUGCUAGUGGCACAUUGAAGGCUUGUCCUCAGAAACACUUGAAUGGAAUACUAGGUUGUCACCUGUCGAAGGUGCCAGUCUCACAUGCAGAGUUGUGGGUGAGACUACAGGGAUACACCUGUCUUCAAGUCCCAGUGGAUCCGCAAUUAGCCUCUGGUAGCAAUGAGGCCAGGCAUAGUGAUUCCUCCAGCACCUGCAGCUUUGCAGAAAACAUCGAUUCAAGAAACCAGUUGUUGCUCCACAAAGUGCCUGUUACUGAUGGCUAUCUUGCGAGCAAUCCCAAGCAGGAUAAUACCACUGAGGGGUCAGCUACCAGCAGCCAUGCAAGCCAAGUCAGUGUCCACCCUGUGGGCUCCGAUGUCCUAAGAAAAGAGAUGAUCCAAAGAAAAUGCCAUUUUAGCAAAUGGAGAUUAUCAUACCGUAUCCCUGGAUUUCGACUUGAGGUGCAGAGAUAUCAGGAACUGCUGGAGCUACAGGGACCUGCACUGGCUACAAUGAAAGGGUGCAAGUAAAAGUAGCUUUCCUCAUUAAUGAGCAACAUCUUGAUAGAAAAUCCAGUCAUGUCCUACCCUAUCCACUCAAGAUUUGUUCUCCAUCAGGAUGGAAGACAUUGUUUCAGUCUCAUAUUAUUGUUACCACCUAAGGACACCUAGGCCUGAGACCUUAACUUGGGCACCUCUCAAUUCUCACCACAUAAGGAACAAGAUCUGGCAACAUCCAGGAGUGAGUAACACGCUAAGUCAGACAAGUGUUGCCUCCAGCUAGAAACAGAGUUUUUGCUGUUCAGCCUGAAUUGAAUGAAGAAGCAUUUGUCAGAGAACUACAGAAUGCUGAGCAUUGACCAACGGAUGUGGCUUUGACAGAAAUUGUCAAUGACAACAAAAAGAAGCAGUAUUUUUUGCUUAAGGCUUAAAGAGUACGUUACUGUAUUCCUUUAGUCCUGUGGAAACAAGAGCAUCUCCUCGCCUUGUUGUCACUGACAAUGGUGACAUUACCUUGUUUUGGAGGGCAUGUCAGUUUCUAGCCUCAAGAAUUUGACAAUUUCCUCAUGAUUCACUUGGCCCUAAACAUUACUCCCAAACAGUACUCCCUGUUACUUCACAUCUGGAGGCAAAGCAUGGACAGUUUGUCCAUCAACAUUACGGUCACACUAGGAUUGGAUAUCAAGUUCUACAGUCAUUUUUAUAUGUAUCCAAAAGAUACUUUACUCUUAUAUUAUCAAAAACCAUA